AUGACUAAAUCACCAGUUCUGGACACCUCCAGUAGAGCAGACACCUCAUGGGUGGAAGAUCACCAUUUUGGCAUAAUGUCGGAAGUUCUACCCCAAAGUCGUCAGUCAUAUACCACGCCUAGUCGAACGGCUCUGAAUGAAUCCUCUCAUUUGCUAAAUCUAAGUACUGGAAGUUUUGGGGAUACGUCUAUCCAUGCGUAUUCUUCUGAUAUUGUGGUUCCAAGAAACAGUCCUUUCAACAAGUCAAUUGACAGCAUCCAUACAAGAGAACAGCUCGAAUAUUUGCUAGCGAAGGAUGCCUCAUCGCAUAUGGAUUCCUCAUCAAUGCGCAGUUCAUCGUUUACGUAUUUCAAUGUUUUGGAUAUUGGUGCUCCAGAGGACCGCAGAGGAUAUCAGUUGUCGGAACCGUUAAAAACAGGAGACUCGAAAGAAAACAUUGUUGUUAAAAUGGGACCAGGAAACCGUAUCAUGCUGUCUCCAGCCAGCAGCGAAGGUGAUGGACAGGAUGAAAUGACCAGACUACGUUAUACGUUGCAACAUGCUAAGCACAGCCCUAAAAAGGGUAUUUUGAUACGUCGCAGCGAAUCUAUCGAAAGGCGACGAAGAAGCAUUAGCAUAUCGUCGCCGGAACGUCCUCUACUUCCUAGUCCAGGUUCGCUUCCAGUGCCGACUGAAAUUGACGCAAAGAGAGCAUGGCUUGUGAAUACUAUUUUGGAACCGCUAGAUAGGCGAAUAAAACAGACUAAUGCUAAGCUGGAUAAGGAACAUUCGAGUCCACCAUUGAAGAUUGGUGUUUCUUCUGUUGAAAUUUUACAACACGCUAUGAUAAGUCGGCCAGAGCUUUUGGACACAAUGCUUCCGUAUAUCCUUCCUUUUCUUUCAGUGCACACCAAUCAGAGUUAUUUGAUUGGGCGAAUCUCGGAGCUGGCUGCCGAUAAGUUUAUGAUGGAUUACAGCUGGAAUAGCGGUGGCAGAGAGCCGACUCAAGAAAAAGUCUCUGUUGGAAGAACUGUUCGUAGACCUUGGAAUGAUCAGCUUCCUACCGAUGCGAUGCUUGUCUUUUCUCUUUUUUCGGCUUAUAUGGACAGUCAGUUGACGUCAAAUCCGCUCGUCGGAUCAUGCAGAUUAGCCCAGCCAUUCUCCGCUUUAUAUACCCUUAGAACUCCACAGAGACCUACUGCUGUGCAUUUGGCUGCAGAAAGUUUUUACCUCCACAUGAGCAACAUCUCACCACCUCAUUUUGAUUUCGUUUUCAAUGAUGCGGAUGGCUCACCUUCACGUGCAGUGAUUCCAAGAGGUGCCAGGAAUCUGUUCUCAGCCAUUUUAUCGUUCAUAAAUCACGCUAAGGCAAGUAAAGACGUUUCUUGCGACUUAAUCGAGUGAAU